AUGUUGGUAGGGAGAACUGGAAAGGACAGUGACUCUGACCGGGACCACCAGGGUGACAGAGGCGGUCUGGGUGACGACCAGGGGGACCAGGUUGACCGGGUUGACCUGGUUGACCAGGAGGAAAACCAGGGUGAUAAUAACGACCGGGUUGACCGGAUUGACCUGGUUGAUCAGGGCGACCGGGGUGAUCGGAAUGAAAGUGACGACUUCGAAGCUACAGGUGUCCAGGGGAGUCGAAGCGAAGCUAUUGAGGUGGUAGACGAUGACGUGGCACGAGGAGAUGCUGACGUGGCACCCUUGGAUCGUGUCCAGCCAGCAGACAGAACCAGGGAUGACGUGGCAGCAGCGUCAGGGGUCAUUGAAUGGGCUCCGUCAAGCAAGGAGUACAAAUACGCGAGGGGAAUAGAGCCCCCCUCUCGCUGCAGAUUCGUGCUGGGAUUAGAGGCUCCUCACCCUCCUCACAACAGUGCUGUAGAAUCGCCUGGAGGCUCUGAGGAAAGAGCUCUAGGGACUUGUGAGGGUAUAGGGAAGAGCGAACCACGGAGCAGUGGCUCUGAAGCAGGGCUGAGCAGUGCUUGCGGUGAGGAGAGGGGUGAAAGUAGAAGCUCAAUGGAAGCGGAAGAGGAGGGAGAGGUGGGAGAGGAGAGAGAGGAGGGGAAGGAGGGGGAGAAGAGGGAGGAGGAUGAGGAGGAGGAGGCGGGAGAGAAGGGGGGGAAGAAGGGGAAGGAAGGGGAGAAGGGGGAGAAGGAAGGGAAGAAGGGAGAAGGAAGGAAGAAGGAGAAGGAUGGUGAUGUGAGAGGAGGUCGUGGCAGGCUUCAUGAACAUGAGGAGGUGAAAGAUGGUGGUCCGGAAGGUGUCUGUAGGCUUAGUGAAGAUGCUUGUAUGGGGGAUGGACGUAAAAAGGAUGGGGCGAAGGGGAACCAGGUGGAGAGGGGAGGAGGUGUGGAGGGUGGUGGUCACGAGAGGCGUGGAGAUGAGGGGGGUGGAAAGGAAGGGGGUGGAAAGGAGGGGGGUGGUGGCAAGCGGGGUGGUGGUGGUGUGGAUGGUGGUGGUGUGGAUGGUGGUGUUGGCGAUGGGUGUAAGGACAGCUGGGCAGCUGAUUCUGCUGCAGCAGGAGGGAGAGAUGGAAAAGGGGAAGAUGAGGACAGGGGAGACAUGGAGGGGGGAGAUGGGAAUGGGGGAGAGAAAAGGGGCGAUGGGAAGGCGGGAGAUGAAGGGAGGAGGAAUGGGAAGGGUGGUAAGGAGGGGCCACACGCUGCAGUGCAUGAGGCAGGAACCACCACCCAGCAGCACUGUGCUCUUAUCGAGCCUGCUAGUAAUGAGAAUGCUCUUCUCGACCCAUCGACCAGUCAGCAACAAGGCACUGUUGCAGUGUCAUCAGCGGUUGUGACUUGCAAAAAGGGUGCUAUCCCACCAUCAGCUCUUGAGACGUCUGAGAAGGGUGCUAUCGUGGUGGCAUCGUCCCCUGAAGGCCAGCAUGCCGCCUGUCACCCGCCUUCCCCCCGCCCGUUCGUCUUCACCAAGGACCAGUGCCAGCAGUGGCUGGACAGCCACCCAUGUCUUCCCCACCGGCUUGUGCACCCCUGUGCUCUGCUCUGCUCCGCCUUGGCAGGGUUGGAGGGCGAAGUGACUUCUGAGUGGACUCAAAAGUCAUCCCACCCCAUCCCAUCCCAAUCAUUAGAGCUCACCAUGCCUUCCACUACCCGUGUCCCCCACCGGCUUGUGCACCCCUGUGCUCUGCUCUGCUCCGCCUUGGCAGGGUUGGAGGGCGAAGUGACUUCUGAGUGGACUCAAAAGUCAUCCCACCCCAUCCCAUCCCAAUCAUUAGAGCUCACCAUGCCUUCCACUACCCGUGUCCCCCACCGGCUUGUGCACCCCUGUGCUCUGCUCUGCUCCGCCUUGGCAGGGUUGAAGGGCGAACGUUCACGUACCCCACCAGCGUGCAGGCAGCAGCUGGGUGCGGUGGAGGUGAAUGAAGCGCAGCAGCUGGGUGCGGUGGAGGUGAAGGCAGAGGGCUUGCAACGGCUGGGGGCGACGGAGCAGCAGCUGGGUGCGGUGGAGGUGAAGGCAGCGGACUUGCAGCGGCUGCUGCCUGGGGAGUGUUUGAAUGACACGGUCAUCGACUUUUAUGUCAAUCUGGUGGUGUGUUGUGCAGUCUGGUGGUGUGUUGUGCAGUCUGGUGGUGUGUUGUGCAGUCUGGUGGUGUGUUGUGCCGUCUGGUGGUGUGUUGUGCAGUCUGGUGGUGUGUUGUGCGGUCUGGUGGUGUGUUGUGCGGUCUGGUGGUGUGUUGUGCGGUCUGGUGGUGUGUUGUGCGGUCUGGUGGUGUGUUGUGCGGUCUGGUGGUGUGUUGUGCGGUCUGGUGGUGUGUUUUGCGGUCUGGUGGUGUGUUGUGCGGUCUGGUGGUGUGUUGUGCGGUCUGGUGGUGUGUUGUGCGGUCUGGUGGUGUGUUGUGCGGUCUGGUGGUGUGUUGUGCGGUCUGGUGGUGUUGUGCGGUCUGGUGGUGUGUUGUGCGGUCUGGUGGUGUGUUGUGCGGUGUGGUGGUGUGUUGUGCGGUCUGGUGGUGUGUUGUGCGGUCUGGUGGUGUGUUGUGCGGUCUGGUGGUGUGUUGUGCGGUCUGGUGGUGUGUUGUGCAGUCUGGUGGUGUGUUGUGCAGUCUGGUGGUGUGUUGUGCGGUGCAGUGCUCCAGGGGAGCCGCAUCGGUCGCGACUCCACUUCUUCAGCACCUUCUUCUCCACCUCGCUUUUCCAUGCCCAGGAGCGAUUCGUCGUGAGUGUCCCUCUGCUGUGCUGUU